UUUCUCUUCUUCUCACAAGGCUAUAGUUCAAUAUCCCAUUCUGGUGCACAUAUCCCAUUUCAAAUUUCGACUCGGGGCUCCUCGACUUCAAGGCACUGCAACAAUUCCCCCCACCCUGGAGUGCAUACCGGUACUGGGACAGGUCCACACAAACGUGUGAGUGUAACUCGUCAACGAAGAGGAAGCGACAUCAUCCAGUAGUCUUCAGCAGCAGGGCUACGCAGAAACACACAGAGCAGCUAAUGGGAGCAGGGAAGCUGGCCCGGUUGCUGCUGGGAUGGGCGGCCGUUUGCUGGGCCGCGGUCCACACAGCGUAUGGCCAGGCAGGAGCGGGAGACGGAGGGUACCAAGCCAGCCGCUUCACGGGGAAGGUGGACGAGAGGGAGGUGCAGAGGGUUCGCCGGAGAGGCCAGGAGACACUCAGAGGGCCCAAUGUGUGUGGCUCUCGCUUCCACUCCUACUGUUGCCCUGGCUGGAAGACUCUGCCUGGAGGGAACCAGUGUAUUGUCCCGAUCUGCCGUAACUCGUGCGGUGAUGGCUUCUGUUCCAGACCCAACAUGUGCACCUGCGGCAGUGGCCAGCUCUCCCCCAGUUGUGGGGCCGGAGCCGGAGCCGGAAUGCAGAGCUGUAACGUCAGGUGUAUGAACGGAGGCAGCUGCCAAGAGGACUCCUGCUCCUGUCAGAAAGGCUACACCGGCAACCACUGUGGACAGCCUGUGUGUGAGAAUGGUUGCCAGAACGGAGGGCGCUGCAUUGGGCCCAACAGAUGUGCCUGUGUCUACGGCUUCACUGGCCCGCAGUGCGAGAGAGACUACCGGACCGGGCCCUGCUUCACGCAGGUCAACAACCAGAUGUGCCAGGGCCAGCUGAGUGGCAUCGUGUGCACCAAGACAUUGUGCUGUGCCACCAUCGGACGGGCAUGGGGACACCCCUGUGAGAUGUGCCCCGCCCAGCCUCACCCCUGUCGCCGAGGCUUCAUCCCCAACAUCCGCAGUGGCGCGUGCCAGGAUGUGGAUGAGUGUCAGGCCAUCCCGGGGCUGUGUGCAGGAGGUAAUUGCAUCAACACAGUGGGCUCCUAUGAGUGUAAAUGUCCUGCGGGCCACCGCCAGAGUGACACCAGCCACAAGUGUGAAGAUAUUGACGAGUGCAGCACUAACCCAGGUGUUUGUGACGGAGGUGAAUGCACUAACACAGCCGGCAGCUACGUCUGCACCUGUCCCCGUGGUUACAUCACCAGCACUGACGGUGCCAGAUGUGUAGACCAGCGUGUGGGCACGUGUUUCUCAGCGUUAGCGAGUGGGCGCUGCGCAGGUGACCUGCAGGGCCAGUAUACCAAGAUGCAGUGCUGCUGUGACACGGGCCGCUGCUGGGCUUCUGGACAGAUCCCUGAGAUGUGCCCUGUCAGAGGGUCCGAUGAGUACAGAAGGCUGUGCAUCGAUGGGGUUCCCCAUGGCACAGGUAACGGAGGUUUCCCCCACGGAGUCUUCCCCAAUGGUGGUGGCAGCAACGGGAACGGUUACAGCUACGGCUACAAGCUCAACCCAAACGGACCUAAUGGCAAUGGUCACCAUGGCAACGGAGGAGGAAUUGGAGGAGGGGGACAGGGAGGAGGAGGAGGAGGAGGAAAUGGUUUCGGAGGAAACGGUGGGGGGCGUAAUAUCGUAUCACUCAAUGAGACCGUUGAUGUGUGUAAACAUUUCACCAACCUGUGUUUGAACGGACGCUGUAUCCCCACCCCGACCAGCUACCGCUGUGAAUGUAACAUGGGCUACAGACAGGACGUACGAGGGGAGUGUAUCGAUGUGGAUGAGUGCGUCAGCAACCCCUGUGUCAAUGGAGACUGUGUCAACACACCUGGGUCGUACCACUGCAAGUGUCACGAAGGCUACCAGGGCACCCCCACCAAACAGGCCUGCAUUGAUAUUGACGAGUGCAUCGUGAACGGAGUGAUGUGUCGUAACGGACGUUGUGUCAACACUGGCGGAAGCUUCCAGUGCAUCUGCAACGCUGGCUUUGAACUCACUCCUGAUGGAAAGAACUGCAUAGAUCAUGAUGAGUGUGCCACCACCAACAUGUGUCUCAAUGGAAUGUGUAUCAAUGAGGAUGGUAGCUUCAAGUGUAUCUGUAAACCUGGCUUUGCCCUGGCACCUAACGGACGCUACUGCACAGACAUUGAUGAGUGCCAGACCCCAGGCAUCUGUAUGAACGGACGUUGUAUCAACUCUGAGGGCUCCUUCCGCUGUGAGUGCCCACCGGGCCUGGCCAUCGACGUGGACGGGAGAGUGUGUGUGGACACACACAUGCGCACCACCUGCUACGGCGCCAUCAAGAUGGGCACGUGCUCGCGGCCCUUCCCUGGCGCCGUCACCAAGUCUGAGUGCUGCUGUGCCAGUCCUGAACACGGCUUCGGAGAGCCCUGCCUGCCCUGCCCUGCCCGCAACUCAGCUGAGUUCCAGGCCGUGUGCAGCAGUGGGAUUGGCAUCACCGCUGACGGCAGAGACAUCAACGAGUGUGCCUUGGACCCUGARAUUUGUCAGAACGGCAUGUGUGAGAACCUGAGAGGGAGCUACCGCUGCWUCUGUAACAUCGGUUACGAGUCCGACUCCAGCGGAAAGAACUGCGUGGACAUCAACGAGUGUCUUGUGAACCGUCUGCUGUGUGACAACGGCCUGUGUAGAAACACCCCUGGCAGCUACACCUGCUCCUGUCCCAAAGGCUUCGUCUUCAAACCAGACUCUGAGACCUGCGAAGAUAUCAACGAGUGUGACUCCAGCCCGUGUGUCAAUGGAAUCUGCCGGAACAUCGCCGGGUCCUUCAACUGCGAGUGUUCCCACGGCAGCAAGCUGGACUCCACCAACACCAUCUGCGUGGACAGCAUGAAGGGAACGUGCUGGCUGAACAUCCAAGAUGGCCGCUGUGAGGUCAACAUCAACGGCGCCACGCUCAAGUCUGAGUGCUGCUCUACGCUGGGAGCCGCCUGGGGCAGUCCUUGUGAACGCUGCGAGAUCGACACUGCCUGUUCCAGAGGGUUCGCUCGUAUGAAGGGAGUCAACUGUGAAGACAUCAAUGAGUGUGAGGUGUUCCCGGGGGUGUGUACCAACGGGCGCUGUGUCAACACCCAGGGCUCCUUCAUCUGUGAGUGUGCUGAGGGUCUCACCCUGGACGGGAGUGGACGCACCUGCGUGGAUGUGCGCAGCGAGCAGUGCUACAUGAAGUGGCAUGAGGAUGAGUGUGGCGAGCCGCUGCCCGGGCGCUACCGCGUGGACAUGUGCUGCUGCUCGGUGGGCGCGGCCUGGGGCAUCGACUGUGAGGAGUGUCCCAAGGCGGGAACCCCGGAGUACAAGUCCAUCUGCCCCCGAGGACCAGGCUUCGCCAACCGAGGAGACAUCCUGACUGGCAGACCCUUUUACAAAGAUGUGAAUGAGUGUAAGGUGUUCAGCGGCCUGUGUUCUCACGGAACGUGUCGCAACACCAUCGGCAGCUUCAAAUGUCGCUGCAGCAGCGGCUUCGCCCUCAACAUGGAGGAGAGGAACUGCACCGAUAUUGACGAAUGUCGUAUCUCUCCGGACCUGUGUGGCCACGGCACCUGUGUGAACACCCCCGGCAGCUUCGAGUGUGAAUGCUUCGAGGGCUAUGAGAGCGGCUUCAUGAUGAUGAAGAACUGCAUGGAUAUUGAUGAGUGUGAGAGGAACACACUGCUGUGUCAAGGAGGCGCCUGUCUGAACACAGAGGGGAGUUACGAGUGUGAAUGUCCCCCCGGACACCAGCUGAGCCCCGACGGUUCCUCCUGCGAAGAUGUGAACGAGUGCCAGCUGAGUAACAACCUGUGUAAGAACGGCCACUGRGUCAACAUGGUGGGGAACUACCAGUGCUCCUGUGACACGGGCUACCAGGUUACACCAGACAGACAGGGCUGUGUGGAUAUUGAUGAGUGUACCAUCAUGAACGGCGGCUGUGACACACACUGUACCAACUCAGAGGGCAGCUACGAGUGCAGCUGUAGUGAGGGCUACGCUCUCAUGCCCGACCUCAGAACCUGCGCUGACAUCGAUGAGUGCGAGGACAGCCCUGAUAUCUGUGACGGGGGCCAGUGUACCAACGUCCCCGGAGAGUACCGCUGUCUCUGCUACGACGGAUUCAUGGCCUCCAUGGAUAUGAGGACCUGCAUUGAUGUGAACGAGUGUGAGCUGAACCCUAACAUCUGCUUCAUGGGACUGUGAGAACACCAAGGGAUCCUUUCAUCCUGUCACUGUCAGCUGGGAUACUUUGUCAAGAAGGGCUCCACCGGCUGCACAGCCAGCAGUACAGACAGAAUGAGAGAGGCACUCACAUUUAUGUCUCUACAUUUUCUCAACGCAGACUGUGUCAACACCCCCGGCUCCUACCGCUGUGCCUGCAAGGAGGGCUUCAACGGGGACGGCUUCUCCUGUUCUGAUAUGGAUGAGUGUGCUGACAACGUGAACCUGUGUGAGAACGGCCAGUGUUUGAACGCUCCGGGCGGCUACCGCUGCGAGUGUGAGAUGGGCUUCACCCCUACUGAGGACAGCAAGGCCUGCCAGGAUAUCGACGAAUGUAACUUCCAGAACAUCUGUGUGUUUGGAACGUGUCAGAACCUCCCGGGGAUGUUCCGGUGUGUGUGUGACGACGGCUACGAGCUGGACCGCAGCGGAGGAAACUGCACUGACAUUAACGAGUGUGCGGACCCUGUGAACUGCAUCAACGGCUUGUGUGUGAACACACCAGGAAGCUACCUGUGUAACUGCCCUCCGGACUUCGAGCUCAAUCCAACUGGAGUGGGCUGUGUGGACACACGAGUGGGCAACUGUUUCCUGGACACGUUGGCGCGUGGCGACGGUGGCAUCUCCUGCAGCGCUGAGAUCGGCGUGGGCGUCACCCGCGCCUCCUGCUGCUGCUCCCUGGGAGGAGCCUGGGGAAACCCCUGUGAGCUCUGCCCACCCAUCAACUCCACGGAGUACAAGACACUGUGUCCCGGAGGAGAGGGCUUCAGACCUAACCCCAUCACUGUCAUCCUGGAAGACAUUGAUGAGUGCCAGGAGCUGCCAGGCCUGUGCCAGGGUGGCAACUGUGUCAACACCUUCGGUAGCUUCCAGUGCGAGUGCCCCGCAGGCUACUACCUCAACGAGGAGACACGCAUCUGCGAGGAUAUUGAUGAGUGCACAGCACACAUUGGAAUCUGUGGUCCUGGUACCUGCUACAACACCUUGGGGAACUACACCUGCGUGUGUCCUCCUGAGUACAUGCAGGUCAACGGAGGAAACAACUGCAUGGACAUGAGGAAGAGCGUGUGUUACCGCAACUUCAACGACACGUGUGAGAACGAGCUGUCGUUCAACAUGACCAAGAAGAUGUGCUGCUGUGCCUACAACGUGGGCAAAGCCUGGAACAAGCCCUGUGAAGCCUGCCCUACCCCUGUCACCUCGGAGUACCAGUUACUGUGUGGGAACCAGGCUCCUGGGUUUAUCAUAGACAUCCACACGGGCAAGCCCAUCGAUAUUGAUGAGUGUCGAGAGAUCCCGGGGAUAUGUGCAAACGGAGUGUGUAUCAACCAGAUAGGAAGCUUCCGCUGUGAAUGUCCAAUGGGGCCUUCAAGCUACUAACAAUAUACUGCUAUCUGUGAAGAUAUUGACGAGUGUAAACAGCGAGACAACCUGUGCCAACGAAACGCCAACUGUAUCAACAUCCCAGGGAGCUACCGCUGCGAGUGCUCACCAGGCUUCAAGCUCCCAAGUGGGGCCUGCGUGGACCGCAACGAGUGCCAGGAGAUCCCUAACGUGUGUAGCCACGGAGAGUGUAURGAUACCCAGGGCAGCUACCGCUGUCUCUGCCACAACGGCUUCAAGGCCACCGCCGACCAGACAAUGUGCAUGGAUAUUGAUGAGUGUGACAGGCAGCCGUGUGGGAACGGAACCUGUAAGAACACGGUGGGCUCCUACAACUGUCUCUGCUUCCCUGGAUUCGAGCUCACGCACAACAAUGACUGCAUGGACAUUGAUGAGUGCAGUGCGUUGGUGGGUCAGGUGUGUAGAAACGGCCAGUGUAUCAACAGCCUGGGAUCCUUCCAGUGUCUCUGUCAGGAUGGCUACGAACUCACCCCCGACGGAAAAAACUGUGUCGAUAUCAAUGAGUGUGUGAGUCUUCCUGGUACCUGCUCUCCUGGAACCUGUCAGAACCUGGACGGGUCGUUCCGCUGUAUCUGCCCAUCUGGAUACGAGGUCCAGAACGACCAGUGUAUAGAUAUCAACGAGUGUGAGGUGGAGCCCAAUAUCUGCCAGUUUGGCACGUGCACCAACACCCCAGGAAGCUUCCAGUGUAUCUGCCAGAAGGGCUUCGUCCUGUCGGACAAUGGGCGCCGCUGUUUGGAUACCAGAGAGAGCUUCUGUUUCACACGCUUCGAGUCAGGCAAGUGUUCUGUGCCCAAGGCCUUCAACACCACCAAGGCCAAGUGCUGCUGCAGCAAGAUGCCAGGCGAGGGCUGGGGAGACCCCUGCGAGCUGUGCCCACGCGAGAGCGAGGCGUCCUUUAAAAGCCUGUGUCCCUACGGCCAUGGAUCCCUGCCUGGACUUGGGGACGCCCGUGAGGACAUGAACGAGUGUCUGGACAACCCAGCGUCUUGUGUGAACGGUGUCUGUAUCAACACGGACGGAUCGUUCCGUUGCGAGUGUCCUUUGGGCUACAACUUGGAUACUCAGCGGGGUCAAUGUGCUUUGUGAGGCUGUACCUCUAUUUUGCGCUCUCAUUCUUGCUCUCUCCCUCCAUCUCUCUCUCCAGAUAUCAACGAGUGUUCUCUUAACCCCCUGCUGUGUGCCUUCCGUUGUGUAAACACCUUUGGUUCCUACGAGUGCAUGUGUCCCUCGGGCUAUGUGCUGCGAGACGACCACCGCAUGUGCAGAGACCAGGAUGAGUGUUCAGAGGGGCUGGAUGACUGUGAGUCCAAGGGCAUGUCCUGUAAGAACCUGAUUGGCACCUUUAUGUGUAUCUGCCCCCUUGGCAUGCAGCGCAGACCUGACGGAGAGGGCUGCAUGGACCUGAAUGAGUGUCGCGCGAAGCCUGGCAUCUGUAAGAACGGGCGCUGUGAGAACACAGUGGGCAGCUACCGCUGUGUAUGCAACGAGGGCUUCCAGCCCAGCUCCACUGGAACGGACUGUAUCGAUAACCGACAGGGCUUCUGUUUCACRGAGGUGCUCCAGACUAUGUGUCAGCGGGGCUCCACCAACAGGAACAGUGUCACCAAAUCUGAGUGCUGCUGCAAUCUUGGGCGCGGCUGGGGACCCCAGUGUGAGCUCUGCCCACUGCCUGGCACCGUGCAGUACAAGAGGAUGUGCCCACUGGGACCCGGGUACACCACCGACGGCAGAGACAUCAAUGAGUGCACGGUGAUGCCAGACCUGUGUAAGAARGGCCAGUGCAUCAACACCAUCGGAUCGUUCCGCUGCCACUGCAACGUGGGUUAUACCACCGACUUCACCGGCACCUCCUGCAUUGAUAUGGAUGAGUGUUCCGCYUCUCCCAAGCCCUGUAACUUCCUGUGUAAGAACACAGAGGGCAGCUACCUGUGCUCCUGCCCCAGAGGAUACACCAUGCAGCCUGACGGAAAGACCUGCAAAGAUCUGGAUGAGUGUUCCACCAAGCAGCACAACUGUCAGUUCCUGUGUGUCAACACCAUCGGAGGUUUCACCUGCAAGUGUCCUGCAGGCUUCACCCAGCACCAGACCGCCUGCAUCGACAACAAUGAGUGUAAUGGGCAGAACAGUGUGUGUGGCUCCAGAGCCUCCUGUGUCAACACUCCCGGCAGCUUCAACUGUGACUGUGGGAAAGGCUUCUCUCUGGACACCACUGGCCUGGAGUGUGAAGAUGUGGAUGAGUGUGGCAGUAACCAUCGCUGUCAGCACGGCUGUCAGAACAUGAUGGGAGGCUUCCGCUGUGGCUGUCCUCAGGGCUAUGUGCAACACUACCAGUGGAACCAGUGUGUGGAUGAGAAUGAGUGUUCGGGUGCGUCUGUGUGUGGCUCGGCCUCCUGCUACAACACCCUGGGCAGCUUUAAGUGUUUGUGUCCGUCCGGCUUUGACUUUGAACAGGGAGGGGGCGGCUGCCAGGAUGUCAAUGAGUGUUCCAUGGGCAGUAACCCCUGCAGCUUCGGCUGCUCCAACACAGACGGAGGAUACCUGUGUGGAUGCCCUGGAGGGUACUACAGGGCUGGACAGGGUCAUUGUAUAACGGGCCAGGGCUUCCAGGACCAGUAUAGUUCAGAGGGAGACGAUGAGGACAGUCUGUCUCCAGAGGCCUGCUACGAAUGUAAGAUCAAUGGAGACGUCGGCAAGAAGGGCCGACACAGACGUCACGCUGCUGGGGACAACGACCUCAAGGAGGUGAGCAUGGCCAGCGUGGACACCCAGGAGUCCAUCCCCAUGAACCUGAGCCUGGCCUCGCUGCACAACAAGGAGCCCCUGCUGGAGCUGCUGCCGGCCCUGGAGCCCCUGGAGCACCAUGUGCGCUACGUCAUCACCCACGGCAACCAGGGCGAGCACUUUCGCCUGCUGGAGCGCCGSGACGGGAAGAGCGUGCUGAGGUUGGGCAGGAAGUCGCCUCCCCCUGGCUCCUACCGCCUGGAGAUCGCCAGCCUGCCCCUGUUCGGGCCGCGGCGCCUCCGACAGCUGGAGGAGGAACAUGACAGCGACUACCUGCUGGGAGAGAUAGGAGACGCCCUACGCAUCAAGCUGCACAUCCACCUGCACUGAGCUGCAAGCACUCCAACCCUCCCUAGGCUCCCUACUUUCUUCCCUUUCAGCCCCUGGACUGACUUUAUAAUGACCCCUCUGACCCUUGACCUUAACCCCAGGACCAUCCCCAACCAAUCGGGGUAGGGGGCUUUGAAAGACUGAGUCAACCAGCCCAACCACCACUUUUUAAUUGUCAAGGUUCUUUUCUUUUUUUACCCCCCCGACCCACCCCUCCUAUUCCACUUGGAGAAGGAGUGGAGGAGAUUACAGAAAGGUAUGCAGUGUUUGGACCACAAACCCCUGCCAUUUUAGAUUUUACACACAAAAUGGCUGACGAGAAUCCAUGAAGCACUUGGAUAAGUGGAAAUGGAAGGAGAUGCACAAAAAAGCUGAAAAUGUUUGAAAUGGUAAAGAAAGUGUUAUAAAGUAGAAGGAAGAAGUAUUUUACUGUUGAGUUGAGGUCGUGUAGGACAAUCUUCUUAUGGUGAAGUGGAAAUGUAAGAACCACUGAUUUGCUAGGAGACAAAUAGGGGUGUGUGUUGGUGAAUGGUGGUCCAAGCAGUCCCUCGCCUGUCUGUAAUCUCUGUGAAAUCACAACACUGGGGAUAGAGGUCAUGCUUCGCCCUACUCAGUAUUCUGUGUCAUUUAAUGUAUUGUACUGUCAAAAAACUUCACACGAAGGACUGCAACAUUUACACAUGUCAGGUUUAACAGUAAUGGAGAGUUGGUCAUCAUGCAUAGUAUACAACUCUAGGAGUAAAUCACCAUCGGUAAGCAGGGACCUUCUGGUGUGAUGGCAUGUGCUGCCGGCCCGCGUUCUGUUACCUCAAUGCGUCUCACUCAUGUCCUCCACUCACCAUACAACGCUGUUGUAAUGCUGCCUGCGGCCAGGAGAGGGCCACACUGUCCCUCAGCAUGAACCAUGUCCAGUGUCUCAGAGACAGAAGAGGAGGUAGAGGCCGCCCCUAAUCACUGAUCCAGGAUCAGAUAUUGUUUUAUCUCCCUAAUGGUUAUGGUGGGAAUCGCGGGUAGGGUACUCUGAUCCUAGCUCAGUGGUUAGGGGUGAUUACUACCUCAAGUCCUCUCUCCAAAAGACUGCCAGGACAUUGUACUAGUGGUGCUGCAGUUUUAUAUCAUGCACUGAAACUGCUCUUUGAAUUUAAUCAGGGAGAUUUGCUUCGAAACGCAGCAAACAGGUCCUGAGGGAUUCGGCUUUAGUCAGAACUUUAUUUUGAAGCUUUUCUGAGAGCUGGCAUUCUGACUGGUAGUGGGAACUUAUUGGAUGGCUGAACCAACUGCAGCCCAUAGAGAAACAUAGCUGGAGACUAAACAUACUGUAACAACCUCAAUGGUACAUAACAACGUUACCACAACAGACAGGUAACGUUUGGGAUUUUUACAGAACACACAUAAAUGCGGGCACAAACACACAGGUGAACACCAAAACUCACUGAAAACAAGCAUCCAUCAGCUCACAAUUCUUUUUUUCUCAGAGAAAAAGGUGCUAAAUAAUUCCGUCUCUUACAUGAUGUACAAAAAAAUAGCAAAAACUGUCAUUCUUACUAGGUUUUAUGUUUCAUGUUUGUAUGUCUUUUGUAAUGUCUUAAUGCUGAAAACCAAUAUUAUCGAACUUGCUUCUUGAAAAUGUAAUUGUAUAUUUUUAAGUGAAAUGUAGAUGUUUUUUGUGUUGUUUUUAAAAGCGUCAAGGCUGCCCAAGAUUGAAUGCCUUAAAGUGCUGGUGGCUUUGUUUGCACAGAAAAGAAAAGAUCAAAUCAAAUCCUAGAGUGGCAUCCAUUUUGUGAUCAUGCAGUAGAUUAGAACACUGUACCUAUCAUUGUCCUUCUCAGCUCAUACUGUAGUCUCUGAGCUCAUAAUGCUGUCGGUUAGUGGGUGCGGAUUGCCAGUAGCCUGAUCCCAGAUCAGUUUGUGCAACAACCAUAGCACAAACAGAUCUGGGACCUGGUUGGAUUGAGUGUCAGAGACCAAAACACACUGCUAUAGUAGCAUUCCCACUCUACAGUUUGUCUCUAUCGUGAUGUUGACACUGUAACAAGCCUAUAGGAUCAAUGCAAACUCAACAUGGCCAUCUAUCGCUCACUCUGGCAGUGAGUGUCCCUAGCCCUGUUUAUACCUGCCGCUAACAUACAUCCUUAGUCCCGAUCUCGUCCCGAUCCUGUCCUGAUCUUGUCCCGAUCUUGUCCGUUUACACUUAUAAGAUCUGAUUAAAAUCAGUUCACAAUGAGUCUUUUGAAUCACCUGUCUAAAAUGUGGGCCCAAUCAGAAUGAGGACAAGAUCAGAACAAAGGACGCAUGUUAGAACCAGGUAUAAACGUGGCUUCUGUCUAGUAACCUAUCUCUGAUGCUCAACUAUGAUUUUGCUCUCUGAACAUCCAAGGUUACUGCACUGUUCCCACAGCCUGGGCUAUAUUUAUGCAUAACCAUUUUUCGAACAUGGGAACAUUGUAUACUUUAUCUUUUUUUUUUGUCUGUCCAUUAUUUUAUUUGCCAAUACAUGUUAAGAAAAUAAUGUGCGUGUGCGUACUGUAUCUCAGCUUCAGUGUCAAACUUGAACUUCACUGGUAUCGCUCAAUCGGUCAGUUCUGAUUUGAAUUUGAGGGAAAAAAGAACUUGAAUGUCAUUUCUUUAGAGGUGCUCAGGAGGGUGUAGAGAACACAGACAGACUCAACACCUGGAGCUCUCUCUGAAACCAGCUGAUGGUUUCCAUGACAAUCAUUGAGCCAUACCAUACCUCUAACUGGGGCAAAACUGAACAUCCCUGACAAACUAGUGUUUUCUCAUUUUCCAAACUCUUAUUUUAUGCUGGAACGAAUCUAACAUUAAUUGGGUGUACACAUGUGCGAUCUGUCAAAUCUGAGUGAUUCUCAUCAUUUUGUAAACUUUUGUCAGUGACAUUUAAUGGCAAUAAAAGUAUUGUGGGUUAUAUUUUUAAA